UAGUAGUCAAGCCGUAACAAGUCAUUUAGAAGAGUAGUCGAGAUGGACAACACUUGUAUUUACUGACCUAAGCUAAGCCUUAAACAAGUUAUAAAUAUAACAAAGUUAUUUAUGUUACCAUUAAGGUGCGAGUUUGCGUUUGUACCGAACUUAAGCAGCUGCUGCUGGUGGCCACGCUUUUUCUUUCCCCCCUUUCGCUCCUGAAAGUCGGCCUCUUUGGGUAAGGAUGUCAGUCCCCGGAAACUCACUCCAGCAGCCCCGGGUGAGGCGCAGCAACGCGGGUUCCCCGGGCUCGUUUGGCAACGGUGGAUGUCGCCUGCACCCGCUCCGCGCCACCGUGCCCUACCAGCUGCUGCGCGGCGGCCAGGGCAGCCCGACACGGGCGCCACACAGCGUCCACGGCGGGGCCACCGCGGGGAGCCGAGGCUCCAGCCCCCCCUCCAGCCCGACUCUCCUCCUCCCAGGAAGUAAGCAGGGGUUGUCGCCCGAAAACAAGGACGCCUCCUGCGCUCCGGACUCGCCCGUUUCCAGAGAAAGGUCCAAGUUGCAGAUGCGGAGCUCCAGCGCCAUCCGCCGGACGUCUUCCCUGGACGCCAUCACCGGGCCCUACCUCACCGGACAGUGGCCCCGAGAUGCUCACGGGCCCUACCCCUACUGCAUGAAAGACAAAUCCACUCAGACUCCGGGCAUGUGGAUGGACGAGGGAGCCGACCAAGGGAGUCCUCACCAGAGAUCGGCCUCCUGGGGCAGCGCGGACCACCUCAAGGAGCAGAUCGCCAAGCUGAGGCUGCAGCUUCAGCGUAGCAAACAAGGAAGUCGGCAGAGCAAAGAGCGAGACGCCACGCCCGGGACGCCGCACGGCCAACACGCAGCCACUGCCUGUCCCUCACAGAUGUUUCCUCUUCCGCACAAGGGAUCUUCUUGCUCUUUGUCCACCAAGUCUCUGAUCUGCAGAGUGCCGAGCAGCGUGGAGGCCAUCAACCACGAGCUGGAAAACGUCUUCAUCAGACAUGAUUGGGCGCACGCCAUUCAGGCCACGGACGCCGCCGAUGGCCGUCGGGCUCCUUUCCCACUGCAGCGCUACAGCAACAUCGGGGAAACCCGCGACACGGACACGCAGGCCCCCUCUAGUGGGGAGUCCAGUCCAUCUCCCCGACUUCUCAGCCCCCUCAGCCCGCACCACCUGCACUCCCCGGACGGAAGCCCCUCGUCCUCCGCGGAUGAUGUCGACAAAGAGGGCACGUGCGGCUCUCCGCUCCCCAAGUUCGCCACAUCUCCCAAACCCAACAACAGCUACAUGUUCAAGCGGGAGCCGCCGGAAGGCUGCGAGAGGGUCAAAGUCUUUGACGAGAUCCUGUGUGGCCAAUCCAAAGGAUUCCCGCUCUUCUCCUGUCCCGACAAAAACAAGGUGAACUUCAUCCCUCAGGGUUCAGCUUUCUGCCCCGUCAAGCUGCUCUGCUCGUCCCUCUUCUCGCCCGUGUCCUGCGCCGGCGCCGGCGCCAGCGCCGACCCAACCGGUCCCCAAAGCAACGAUGGCCAGUCUCGGGAGACGCGCCAUUCGCCCGACAGCCAAGAAGCAGAGGCGGCCGUCAGCGCUUUAUCGUCAGGAAUGUAAAAGACGCUGCCUCAUGACGAGCGUGAUAAAACCAAAAGUUUUGCACUCCGCGAAUUCCAAAUCAUGCUCAUGUCCACACACUCACUAAUAUAAGUUUUCCUUUCCCCAAUUGCGCUCAUAAAACUAGAAUCUCAUAAAAGAAGCUAAUACGACAAACGGUGAACAUUGUUAGCUUUAAUUAAGUCCGUUACCGGUGCUCUUCUAUUCAAUCACUUUAUUGCUGCUUCAUAGAUUUCAUCUCUGGAAAGAAGCACUUCAGACUAUCAGAACACAAGGCGUCGGAAAUGUACCACGUUGUUUGUGCUUAUGUGGACAUGUCCUUAUCCUUAUUCUUCUACUUUGUUUAUUUUCUCCACCGUUAAUGGAACUUGAGUCUGAACUGCUGGUUUUCAUGGCGGCAAACAUUUCAGACAAAACUUUGGGCUGGCCAAUCAGAUUUUUAGUAGACAAAGACACUGCUGCUCUUGUUCUCUGCGAUGGGACGACAUCCGCGGACAUCAACACUGCACAUGUUGAUAUCAGUGAUUCAUUCUUUUUGUUUCAUUCAUAUGAAGCAUGAUAUCAACGUGCAAGGAACAUCUCGACAGACCCUUCUCGCCCAGGUUGCAGUCUGUUUGAACUUCUGGAGUGCUGCACGCCAAACCCAGCGGACAUAGAAAGAGCUUCUUCGCCCAGGCUGUCGCUUUGAUGAACUCACACCACUCUUAGAGUGUCAGAGACAUUGCUGUGCAAUAACAUCCUGCUCUCGACGCUUCAUCUUUGAACUGUCUAUAUUAUUUGUACUAUGUGUCCUCUCUGCAUCCAUUGCAGCCUGGUCAUCCUGGAAGAGGGAUCCUCCCAUCUGUGGUCUCUUCUCAAGGUUUUUCAUUUCCCCUAGUACAGUGCUUCUCAAUUAUUUUCUGUUACGCCCCCCCCUAGCAAGAAGAAAACUAUUCGCGCCCCCCCCUCCCCACCGUGACUAUCCUAACUUGUCUUGUAAGUCGUAAAAUGUUGCACUGUCGCAAACGUGACAGAAGUAACAAUGAGAGCGCCACUGCCCCCUGCUGUAGUAAACGCGCAAUUACACUUUAUUCUAGUACUGCCAAAAAAAAAGCCUGUUCCCCAGGGUCACACGCGCCCCCCCCCCAGGAAUAGCACCGCGCCCCCCAAGGGGGGCGCGCCCCACUAUUUGAGAAGCACUGGCCUAGGUGACUGAUUCACAAUUUGGUUUUGUCUGAUAUCAGAUAUUAAAUAUAGAAAACCAA